AUGUCUUCGGAACUCACCUACGCCGAGGUGUCCAAACACAGCACCAAGAAAGAUCUCUACAUUGUCGUCCACGACAAGGUCUACAACGCCUCUUCCUUCGUCGACGAGCAUCCCGGCGGUGAAGAAGUCCUCCUCGACGUCGGCGGCCAAGACGCAACCGAAGCCUUUGAAGAUGUCGGCCACUCAGACGAAGCCCGCGAGAUCCUAGACGGUCUCCUGGUCGGUAACCUGAAGCGAGUCCCCGGCGACCCUGCCCCCAAGAUCGGCGCCACCGACAAGAUCUCGGCCGGUCCCGGUGGAAAAUCAGAUGCUGGCACUGGACUGGGCGUCGCCAUGUACAUUGUCCUUCUCGCUGGUGCAGCUGCUGCAUACUUCGGAUACACAUACAUGCAAUCCCAAGAGGGCAAAUAA